CUUGAGUUCAUAAUAAUGGGGCGAGUAAAUAAAGUUUCUCUGAGAUAUUUGAGGAACGAUGGGAAAUUAAGUGCUGUGAUCUUCCCCAAUGUGCCUUUGGCUGAUGGAAAGCGUCAUACAGUCCUCCUUCGGUUAAGUGGAGUGCAGCAUGGCAACAGUAAAGCGGAACUGUAUGUGGACUGUGUGCAGGUGGAUUCUGUUCAAAUUUCGCCUAAAAUCUUUUCGGAGGUGCUGCAAAGCUCAGAAUCCAUAGAAUUACGAACACUCCAAAAGAAAUCACAGGAGACUUUAGAUGACUUGAAGUUGAUUGUGAGAGGGUCCUUGUCCCAAGUGGAAACUCUACAAGACUGUUUUCUCCCACAGACAGAGCCACCAGUUCAGUAUUCAGGGUCUCUUACAGGUGAUGUUAACAGGCAAUUAUUAAGUCACAUGUUGCAAAUGAACGAGGUACUAGUUGAAGUGAAAGAUCUCCUCAGACAGCAGGUUAAGGAGACAGCAUUUCUGAGGAAUACUAUAGCUGAAUGCCAGGCAUGUGGGUUGGGAAUCGGAAGUUUCCCCACUCCUUCCCCACAUCCCCCGAAACCCAAGUGUGAAGCCGAUACUUGUUUCCCGGGGGUACACUGCACAGACACAACAGAUGGGUACCAGUGUGGUCCUUGUCCUGAAGGCUUCAUUGGAGAUGGAAUUAUUUGCACAGAUAUUGAUGAGUGCCAAUAUAAACCAUGCUUCCCAGGAGUGCAAUGUGUGAACAUGGCUCCAGGUUUCAGAUGUGAGGCCUGCCCACCAGGAUAUAUUGGGCAGAUCAUCCAAGGAAUGGGAAUAAACUUUGCCAAAAAUAACAAACAGGCUUGCUUGGACAUAGAUGAAUGUCAGCGUAUAGCAAAUGGAGGUUGUGUCCCAAACUCCAAGUGCAUAAACACCAUGGGUUCUUACCACUGUGGUGCUUGCAAGCCAGGAUUUACUGGAGAUCAAGUCAGAGGAUGCAAGGCUGAACGAAGCUGUAGAAAUCGUGUUCUCAAUCCUUGUAGCAUCCAUGCCCAUUGUUCAGAAAUAAGACAAGGGGACAUUUUGUGUGUUUGUGGCAUUGGCUGGGCUGGUGAUGGCUUUCUGUGUGGAAAAGAUGUUGAUAUUGAUGGCUAUCCAGAUGAAAAGCUUCCAUGCUCGGCUGACAGCUGCAAAAAGGACAACUGCAUGUUUGUUCCAAACUCUGGACAAGAAGAUGCUGAUGGAGAUGGUGUGGGAGAUGCCUGUGAUGAUGAUGCAGAUGGGGAUGGUAUUCCUAAUGAUCAGGACAACUGUGUCUUGACUCCUAAUGUUAACCAGAAGAAUAGUGACCAAGAUAUCUUUGGUGAUGUUUGUGAUAACUGUCGAAUGGUAUUAAACAAUGACCAGCGGGACACUGAUGGAGACGGCAAAGGAGAUGCCUGUGAUGAAGAUAUAGACGGAGAUGGGAUUAAGAAUGUUUUGGACAAUUGUCAGAAAGUAGCCAACUGGGAGCAGAAAGAUAAAGACAAUGAUGGUGUUGGCGAUGCAUGCGACAGCUGCCCCGAUAUCAGCAAUCCCAAUCAGUCAGACUCUGACAAUGAUCUGGUUGGCGAUUCCUGUGACACCAACCAAGACAGUGAUGGGGAUGGACACCAAGACAGCACUGAUAACUGCCCCACAGUCAUUAACAGCUCCCAGCUUGACACUGAUAAAGAUGGUUUGGGGGAUGAGUGUGAUGACGACGAUGAUGAUGAUGGAAUUCCUGACCACGUCCCUCCAGGGCCUGAUAAUUGCCGGCUGGUUCCUAAUCCAGGACAGGAAGAUGAGAACAGUGAUGGAAUUGGUGACAUUUGUGAAUCGGACUAUGAUCAAGAUACAGUGAUUGACCAGAUUGAUGUUUGCCCUGAGAAUGCAGAGGUCACUCUGACUGAUUUCAGAGCAUAUCAGACUGUUGUCCUGGAUCCAGAAGGUGAUGCUCAGAUUGAUCCAAACUGGGUGGUUUUGAAUCAGGGUAUGGAGAUUGUGCAAACUAUGAACAGUGAUCCUGGACUUGCUGUAGGUUAUACAGCUUUCAAUGGAGUUGAUUUUGAAGGCACUUUCCAUGUGAAUACAGUAACAGAUGAUGACUAUGCAGGCUUCAUUUUUGGUUAUCAAGACAGCUCCAGCUUUUAUGUGGUAAUGUGGAAACAGACGGAGCAGACCUAUUGGCAAGCCACUCCAUUUCGAGCAGUUGCAGAACCUGGGAUUCAGCUGAAGGCUGUUAAGUCAAAGACUGGGCCUGGAGAACACCUCAGAAAUUCACUUUGGCACACUGGAGACACUAAUGAUCAAGUCCGAUUGCUAUGGAAAGAUCCACGAAAUGUUGGCUGGAAAGAUAAAGUUUCCUAUCGCUGGUUCCUACAACACAGACCUCAGGUUGGAUAUAUUAGGGCAAGAUUUUAUGAAGGAUCUGAACUGGUAGCAGAUUCUGGAGUAACCAUAGACACAACCAUGCGUGGAGGAAGACUUGGUGUUUUCUGUUUCUCUCAGGAAAAUAUUAUUUGGUCCAAUCUGAAAUAUCGUUGUAACGAUACAAUCCCAGAAGAUUUCCAAGAAUUUCAAGCUCAGAAGUAUGGUGAUGGAGGUAUUUAA